AUGUUAGCUCUCUCUCUCUCUUUCUCUCUCUCUCUAUCUCUCUCUCUCUCUCUCUCUCUCUCUCUCUCUCUCUCUCUGAUAUUGAGCGCUUUCCAACAAUUUUUUUUUCUUUUGCCUUUCACUUUCUUUUCUUUCUUUUUCAUUUACGUUCAUUUUGUUCCUUUCUUUCUCCUUCUAUUUUUUCUUUUCCGUUUACCAGUUUUUUUUCGUCUUUCUUUUACUUUACCUAUUGCUAGUUAUUUUCUUUUUCUAGUUUUUUUGCUUCUUCCUUUUCCUUCUUUUCUCGAUCUUUUCUAUCGUCUAUUUUUUUGCCUUUUUCUUCGAUUUUCUUUCCCAUCUUUACUUUCACAUUUUCUCUUCUUCCUUUUCAUUCUCACGUUUUUCUUUUUAUCUUUAUUUUUAUUCCUUUUCUUUUUGCUUCUUUUUGUUUUCUUUUUUACUUUUCCUCUUUUCAUUCUUCUAUUUUUCUUUCUUGCAACAUCAAUUUUUUCAUUUCUCUAUUUUUCAUCGUUUUUCAUUCUUCUGAUUUUCCGCUUUUCCAGUUAUUUUCCUCUCAUUUUUUUAUCUUAUUCGUGCAUUUUAUUCCUUCUUUUUUAUUUCGCUUGUAGUCGUGAUUUUUUCAUUUUUCUCUUCCCUUUCUUUUUCAUUUUUCUCUUUUCUUUUGUCUUUCAUUUCUUGUUUCCUUUCCUCUUCAUUUUUCUGUUUCCUUUCUUUUUCAUUUUUCUCUUUCCUUUGUUUUUUAUCUUUUGUUUCCUUUCCUUUUCAUUUAUCUGUUUCCGUUCUUUUUCGUUUUUCUUUUUUUAUUUCUUCCUUUCUGUUCUUUCAUUUUCCUUUGUUUGCUUCUAUGACAUUUUUUCGUUCUUCAAACCUUUUCCUUUUUUGCUAUUUGUUCUACUUUUUCUCUUCUCUCCUUCACUCUUCUUCUAUGCUACUUCUCUUUCUCUCUCUCCUUUUCUCUCUCCCUCUCUCUACUUCGCUCUUGUAAUCUCUUUCUUUCUCUCACUUUCUCUGUCUCUCACCUUCUCUCACUUUCUGUCUCUCACUUUGUCUCUCUCUCUCCUUCCCUCUCUCUCCUUCCCUCUCUCUCCUUCCCUCUCUCUCCUUCCCUCUCUCUCCUUCUAUUUAUUCUUCUCUCUCUCCAUCUCAUUCUCCUCCGCUCUUCUUCUAUUCUCCUCCUCCCGGUCACCUUCUCUCUCCUUCUCUUCUACAUUAUAUCUCUCCCUCUCUUUCUCUCUCUCCUUGUCUCUCUAUCUUAUUUUCAUUUUUCUCAACUAUUAUUUUACUCGAUUUUUUACGGCUUCCAUUUUUCUUCGUUUCUUUCGUCUUUUGCAUCCCUUUUUCCUCCCUCGUAUUUUUGUUAGCGUUUCUUUCUUUUGUAUGUUUGCUUUGCUUUUCUUUCUUUCUUUCUUUCUUUCUUUCUUUCUUUCUUUCUUUCUUUCUUUCUUUUGUUUUACUUUCUUUCUUUCUUUAUUUCUUUUCUUUCUUUCUUUCUUUCUUUUCUUUCUUUUGUUUUUUUCUUUCUUUUCUUUCUUUUGUUUUUUUCUUUCUUUCUUUCUUUUGUUUUUUCUUUCUUUCUUUCUUUCUUUUGUUUUUUCUUUCUUUCUUUCUUUCUUUCUUUCUUUUGUUUUUUCUUUAUUUCCUUUUUUCUUUCUUUCUUUCUUUCUUUCUUUUGUUUUUUCUUUCUUUUGUUUUUUUUUUCUUUUGUUUUUUUCUUUCUUUUGUUUUUUUCUUUCUUUUCUUUCUUUCUUUCUUUCUUUCUUUCUUUCUUUCUUUCUUUCUUUCAACCAUCCUCAUUUUCUAUCUUUUUCGAAUCCCAUCAUUUAUUUUACUUACCUUUUUUCUUUUACUAUUUUUACUUUUCAUCAUCCUCCUUCUCUUUAUUCUUCCUCCAUUUCUUUUUAUUUUACUCUCUUGCUUUUAUUAUUUUUUCUCUCUCUAUUAAUCUCUUUGCUUUCUCUACAUCGUUGCUGCAUUUUCUCUCUUUCUUUCAUAUUGUCUUUCUUCAUUGCUUUCUUUUUUAUUUUAUUUUUUGCAUUUUUCUUCUUAUUCUUUCUUUCUUUCUUUCUCAAUUUUCUUUCUUUCUUUAUUCCUUUUUUUAUCAUUUAUCUUCCUUUAUAUAUAAUUUCUAUUCUGGCUUUCUUUUAUUCUUUUUCCUUCUUUUUUGUCUCUCCCUCAUUGCCUGCCUCUCUCUCUCUCUCUCUCUCUCUCUCUCUCUCUCUCUCUCUCUCUCUGUGUGUGUGUGUGUAUCUAUCUAUCUAUCUAUCUAUCUAUCUAUCUAUCUAUCUAUCUAUUUUUCUACCUAGCUAG